GUCAAUGCCCACAGUUGGGACUCUUAUUUUGAAAGGAAGUUGAUGUGGACUUUCGCCCUGACUGUACGCAACUCGGACUCGCAUGAGAUAUUUUAUAUUUUGUAGAUGUAUACCUAGCUAGUUAUUGACAGAGAAGAGCACAUGUUCGGGGGUUCGUUUCAUAGCUCGUAGUGCAUUAUAACAUGUGGACACUGAACCCUUUAGAAUCCGGAGGUGUCACCCACUACCUCCUGCCAGAGAAGGAGUAUGUGGUGGGGCGUAAGAACUGUGAGGUCAUCCUGCCCAAUGACCAGUCCAUCAGCCGGGCUCAUGCUCACCUCACUGCUACAGAUCAGGCCCUGACCCUGAAGGACAGUUCUAAGUAUGGCACGUUUGUUAAUGAUGAGCGUCUGUCAGGGGACACCCCUCGCAGCCUGACGGCAGGGGACAGAGUGACAUUUGGGGUCUUUCACAGCAAAUUCAGUGUGCAGCAGGUAACUGUGGUGGUGUGCUCGUCCUGUGUUGAUAAUGAAGGGAAGGUCUCUCUGUCUCAGACCCUGCAGCUUCUGGGUGGCCGGCUGACCAACACCUGGACACAAGACUGCACUCACCUGGUCAUGCCCACUGUUAAAGUCACCAUCAAGACUAUCUGUGCUUUGCUGUGCUGUCGGCCCAUAGUCAAGCAGGAGUUUUUCACUGAGCUCACUGAAGCCCUGCAACAGAAACAACCACCUCCAAAAGCUGAGAGUUUCUUCCCAGAGAUAGACGAGCCCAGUCUGAAUAAGGAUGAGGUGGACCUGACAGAGAGGCCAGAACGUAAAGAACUUUUCACUGGCAAGACCUUCCUUUUUCUCAAUGCCAAACAGCAAAAGCGUCUGAGUUUGGCAGUGAGUUGUGGAGGUGGGAGGAGCCAGCUCUUGGAGGAGGGGUCUGUCCCUGUGUCACUCCUGGAAUCACCAUUGAGCUGUGUGAUCGGCAUGGCAACGGGAAACUCCCAAGCACUACUGCCCCAUUCCACUAAGAAGUGGGCAGACUCUGUGGGGAGGAUUCUACAGAGGAAAGGUCUUCGAUUCAUCACAGAGUCUGAGAUCGGAUUGGCUGCCAUCUAUGUCAGCUGUGACAAGUACUGCAAUCCCUCCAAUCAGAAGGCUGACUCAGAAUCCAUGAGAAUGAAGCCCACCAUCCCUGGCGCCACGCUAUCCCAGAAUGCACCAGUGGACGAGACGGUAAUGCCAGCGGCAUCUCAGAACAUCACAGCCUAUGCUAUAAACACAGAGCCGUCACAGGGCAUCAGGGGGGUGGACGUGGCUGGGGUGAGCACAGUUGGAGAGACCCCCGAGAGGGACCAGAGCCGGACCACCUCUCAUCUUAACCGAUCCAAACCCUCAGGCCGAGAGCUGGCCGGGACCUGCACAGUGGCAGAGACUAUGAUGUCAUCAUUCAGCGCCUCAGACAGUGCUGGUGGUGGCGGCUCGGACAGAAAAAAGGGAGAGCUACAACAUCCAGGUGGAGGGAAAGGUGAUGCUAUCACCAGAUUCCUGGCCACAGCCCCUCGGACCAAUGGAAGAGUGCAGACGAUGUCCCCACAGAAGUGCUCCUCCCAGAAACAACAGGUCUCCCAGAAAUGUUCCCCCCAGAAACAGUCUUCCCUCACUAAUUUCUUCCAGCCUGUUGGCAAGAAAAGACCUAGGGAAGGCGAGGAAUCCCCUACUGUCCAAUCAGAGGCCAAGUUCUCCAGGAGGGAAGAAGACAUGGAGAAUACGAAGAGGACAGUACCACAGCACUCGGAGACCUCCAACCCCACCCUCCCCCCCACAGGCAGGUCCCAGGGCCAACACAGCUCAGGUGCACAUCUGUUUCCAGGUCAGACUGAGGCUCUGUCAGAGGGGUUCUCCAAACCUGCCCAGCAGGGGCUCCAAUCCAGGAAGAGGAAGGAGAUGGAGGAGGAGACUAAAGGGAGUGGGGCUUUAGAGAUAGAGAUGGACGAACUGGAGUCCAUCAUGUCUGAGGACAUGGACGAAUCGGAUGAGCCCAUGUCAGCCAGUCAAGGCCAGCGGUUGAAGCUGACAGACAAGAGCUCAACCAAUAGAAAACAGCUCCUGGAGACAGUGGAACUUACCUCUGCCAAUAAGAAACAGCGGAUUUAUCCAGUGGAACCAAUCGCAGCCAAUCAUAAGUCAGGCUUGGAUUCAGAAGAGCGAUCAUCAGCCAGCAGACGACAGCGAGCGGAGCCUGUAGCUGAGGUCAAAGACGAAGAGGUGUCUUUCAUUGAGUCAAAACCAGUUAAUGGUGUGACCCCUGGUCAUCUGGAAGAGCCAGAGACUGAUGCCAAACCUGUCAAACAGGAAGCCUCAGGUUUAGGGGGUGAGAAUCUCCCCAGCAGACUUAUAGUGGUGGAGUUCAAAUGCCUCACCGUGGCAACACCGGCAAGACCUAAACCACGCCCCAUGGAGACGCACGGCAAUGUCAACAGGAAGGACUUUAAACGCUUCUGCAAGGUCCCAGUUCCCGGUGCCCAGGGUUUGCCCAACAUCAUCGGCGGGUCAGACCUGUUGGUCCACAACCGAGGCAAGAACUCUGAGCUGGAGGAGUGGCUGAGAGACGCAGCAGAGGAUGAGCGUCAGAACAAGAAAGAGGAGACUUUGGGAGAUGACCUUUUCAGGUACAACCCCAAACCCAUCAAGAAAAGAUGAGAGCACCUGGUUGUAACAUGAGAAGCCCUGCAGACUAAUGUUCAUCUUAAGACACAGGAAGGGAUGCCAACACCCCAUGGAAUGUUUUGGCUUCUAGAAUUCUGUUUGAUAGAACUGCCAUCUCCGCUCCACUAAUAAUGUUCAUCUUAAGACACAGGAAGGGAUGCCAACACCCCAUGGAAUGUUUUGGCUUCUAGAAUUCUCAGUUUGAUAGAACUGCCAUCUCCGCUCCACUAAUAAUGUUCAUCUUAAGACACAGGAAGGGAUGCCAACACCCCAUGGAAUGUUUUGGCUUCUAGAAUUCUCAGUUUGAUAGAACUGCCAUCUCCGCUCCACUAAUAAUGUUCAGGAAUGGAUCUUGAGUUAACUCUGGUCAUUUUGAGUACAAUGAUCAAGAGGGGCCUGUCAAUGACAAAUGUUUUAACAAUGUUUGUCGGUGAUACAUGUGGGCAGAAAUGUCUAUCUUUCUAUGUACUGUACACUAGUUAUAUACCUUAAUUUAGUCACUGAUGGUGAGCAAUGUAAACAAAUAAAUAGGUGUUCCGUUUUACGUUUCAAGAUUUUAAUUUGUUCAUAAUAAAAAAUACAGUAUACAAAACAUAUUAAAAAGUAAUUUGAGUUGUACAAGAGAGGAGUCCAACUCUACCAAUCACAAAGCAGCGUGUCUGUCUGUUGUGAACAGGAGAAGCCUGUGGGUUAUGUGUUGUAAGACAGAAGUAGAAAACCCUGGUUAGACCCCAGGGGUUGGGGAACCUGCUGUUUCCUUUUCUUAUUAAUCAACCCCUAGUUAACCCUUCUCAUCGAGGCACCUACUGUGUAGAUUGGACAUGUAGGUGUAAUUAGCCAUAAGCUGAUGGUCUAUCUGGGGGCAAGGUUGAGUGACUACCACCACCUUACAAUUACACCUAUCCACUGAUUCAUCUGUUCAGGUCUGGAUGUAGUGGUUAGUUUGGAAUACAGCAUAUUGACCAGGAACUGUCCAUACAUUUUCAUUUUGCUGAUCUUGUCAACAAUAUAUAUUUUAUCCCAAUUCCACAAUUUGUUUUGUUUUUUUCUUUUCUGCAAACAGCUUCAGUCUUGAGGAUGACUGCAUGUGGAAAUAAACUGCAUAUGAAUACACACA